CUUCUAUGUUCUAACUACCAAACUGGCUGCAGGUGCUUUUAUUACUCCAUUCUCACAGACCAUGUUUGGUACGACAGGUCCUACUAAAAUCAGUGAAACUUCAUUCGUGACAAAUGCAGGUGCUCCAACUUUCACAGGUGAUUCAGUCUCACGGCCUGCUAAAAUCCCUUGGAUCAUAUCUUCCACAAAUGCAGGUGCCUUUAGCACUCCAUCUUCGCAGACAAUGCUUCAUACGACAGGUUCAACUAAAAACAUUGAGACUUCAUCAGUGACAAGUGCAGGUGCUCCAACUUUCACAGGUUUGCCUAAUUAUCUUCAUUGGAACCCAUCAGUUGCAAAUUCAGGUGAUUCAGUCUCACAGCCUGCUAAAAUUAAAAUCCCUUGGAUCAUAUCUGCCACAAAUGCAGGAUCUUUUAGUACUCCAUCCUCACAGACCAUGCUUGAUACGACAGGUUCUACUAAAAACAUCGAGACUUCAUCAGUGACAAGUGCCGGUGCUCCAACUUUCACAGGUUUGCCUAAUUAUCUUCAUUGGAACCCAUCAGUUACAAAUUCAGGUUAAGUAUUUUUAAAUUUGUUGAACAUCUACAUUCGUUUUCAAACCUAGAUAAAUAUUUUCUGGAGAAUGAUUCAUCAUAGAGAACAUAGAGAACUGAUCAAGGGGCUAUAUGCAUAAUAUCUAACUGUUAAACUCUUCACAGGUGAUUCAGUCUCAUAGCCUGUUAAAAUUAAAAUCCCUUGGAUCAUAUCUGCCACAAAUGCACGUAAAUUAACUGAACUCUCAGCCGUUUUCCUAAGCAUGUAAGAAGCUCCAUCUACACAUAUUGAUACCUGAAAUUGUUUCAGAGAAAUUCCAUUACCGAUAAUAGUGUUCUAUCCAUAUUGAUUUCUCAUGUCCUCAUACCACUUGGUUGCUUCGGCAAGCUAUUUCGAAACUGUGGUGGAUAUCCUUUUAUGCCUCUUGCAUUUGUUGGCUGCUUUCUUUCUUCUACCUGUUCUAUGCCUAUAACAGUUGCAUGAUUUCACUUGCACAGUGGGUUGCCUGUACAUGUUCAUUUUUACGGUUAUAGGUCUUCGCUAAGAACUCCAGGAUCUCACUAAAAAAUGUUAGUCUGAGUUUAGACUCUUGAUUUCCAAUCUACACUAGCCCUUCCCCCGCAUUUUUAAAUGUUUUGACUGUUAAGAGGACAUUAUGCGUAAAAGGUGAAUAAAUGAAUGUUAAUACUAAUACUUAUUUGGGUGAUUCUAAAGGGUUUUAAUACUUGGGCAGACCCAGUCAAUCUAAGAAAGAGGCUGACAACUGCUGAGGAAGAUGAUCCCGGUAAAAAAAGGCAACGGACAAAUAAAUUGGUAAUGCUUGGUAUAACUCGCUUUCUGCUCAGUCACGCAUCCUAUAUACUUAAGAAGUUCACCCCCAUUACUUGAUUUAUCUCAACAUGCAGCAUAGACACCUCAUCAUCCAGUCACAUCCAGCCACGUCACACCUCAUGCAGUCCCAUUCAAGCCCACCUCCUUAGGCCUCAUAAAAUAUUACAAGGAAAAAUGAAAAUCUUUGGG